AUGGGGAUCGAGUGGGAGUCGGUGCAUCAUCUCGAUCUUAGGCACGUCGGCCGGGGGUCGAAAGCACUGCAGCCCCACGCUGCGGCGUUCCACCCUGUACAAGGCGUCAUCGCCGUCGCCGUCGGCACUCAUAUCAUCGGUACUUUUUUCGCUUUUAGCAGCCUUUUCUCUUCUGUGUGGGUUGUUAUGGGUCAUCUUGAUUCUCGGGCGAGUCCUAGCUUAUUGACACCGAGAUCAAUGUCGAUAUUUGUAUUAAAUUCAGUUCAGAAUGGGGUGAAUUACUUUGGCUGACGAACAUAUGUUCUUCUUUAGUGAUAUUGUCUCACGAAACCAGACAAGUGUUAUUUACCAGCAGACGGAGACUUGGCAAAAAUGUUAGAAAUCCUGAAAAUUUUCGAAAAUUUCCUGAGUAAAUUCAGCCCGUGAUAACUUGAUUCAAUGUCCUCUCUGAAUUUAUGAUGUGCCUUAUUGAUUAAUAGUGAUCGUAUGAGCCAUCUGCUGAAAGCACAUAAAAACUCAUGCAAAUGAAAAAAAACGCGAAAAACACAUAUCGUGCUCGUACUGUUCGUUUCAUAAGCGUCAGUCUUGCCCGAGUGAUAUGGCAUAAGAUGACUUGGUUCCUAGAGCUUUCAAGUCAGACUCAGUUUGACUUGGAUAAUUUCGGCUAGAAGGGAUGCCAGCAUAGGUUGCCAUUAUUUGGCAAAUAAACUAGAUGACUUCUAAUCUUUCUGGGUGUACAUAUUUCUUGCCUACACAAGUUUUGGGAUACUUUGAAACUUCUCAUUUUGAGAUAUCUGCGGAUGUGUUUUCUUUCUUUUGUACCUAAUGGAUGAUUAAUGAAUGGAAUGGGCAUAGAUAUGAGAAGUAACUUCGAUUGACUUAAUGUGCUUGUUUGAUUGGUGGCUGGGAUUUUGAUGUUCACCAUGCCAUUUGCAAUAUUUUUCUGAAAAUAUCUAACAUGCUACUCUUUCGCACAGAGUUUGAUGCAUUUAGUGGAUGUAAGAUUUGUUCCAUUGAUGUUGGUGCACGUGUUGUUCGCAUGUCAUAUAGCCCUACAAGUGGACAUUCUGUAAUUUCCAUUCUUGAGGUUAGUUAUCAGCGUUCAUUCUUUAAAUUUUUUAUGUAAUAUUAUUCUCUAUUACCCUGUUUGUUGAUACUUUAUAUUUUACAUUUUUCUGUAAAAAUAGUUUUGCAAUUUUUCUUUAAGCAUUACUCCUUGCACAUGAAACUUGCAGUAUGUGUAUCUCUUAAUGAUUUUUGGUUCUGUUUCUCACCCUACCCUGGACAUUGGAAACACCACUUGAUGGUAAAGCAAAUCACAUGGAUAUCUGAGAUUAGCCAUCGAUAUUUCACUUCUACUCAGUCUAACCUGAUGGAUUGAAGCAGAUACUGUGUUUUGGAGAUGAUGCAUCGGAAAUCAGAACAAAAUUAUUUUUAAAAAGUUACAAUUUCAACAGUUGAGGAAUUCCUUUGAAUAAUAGUAGACACAGUAAAGUCACUGGCUAGAUAUAGCCUCUGUAACAAAAUCAACUUUGUACGAUUUGAUUGUGCUAUGAGCUGAGGGAAAAAAGAAAUCUAUGUUAAGUCUGUCAAACUAAAUCAUUUUUGAAGUGAGCAGAGAAGCGAGAUGAAUUUAUCCAACACAGUAUUAGUCAGAGGAAAACAUGUAGUAACUUCUGAUUUUAAUCAGGUACUCUUUUUAUUUUGCCUGCAAUAUAUUUUUUAUGGCUGUCUACAGUUUACUCUGAAAGUAUAAACUUAAUGUUCAUUGCCAAGCUAAGUUCUAGCCUGUAGAAAGUGAUUGAAUCUUUCAAUGAGCUGUGAAUCACUGAGUUUUUGGCAACUUUAUUUUAUGUUUAUGUAUGUUACAUAUUAUAAUGCGAACACUUUUUGUGAGAGCAUGAUUCCAUUAAAAUUUUUCUCCAUGGGGUAAGAGACUAUUCUUUUGUCUACCUGUUGCAGAAGUAUAGCAAGGAAGAUAAGUGUAAUCUGUUUAUUGUAGAAUAUUCAAAAGGCUAUAUUAUAAACCUUGAUAUUUCCAUUUCAGAAAUUCGAGAAAAAAUAGUUGGCUCCUUACAUUGGGUAACAUCCUUGAGAAGCUCUGUACUGUUUUUCUUAUUUGGACCCUUGGAAUCCAAUUUCAUGAAUUUUUUGCUUGGAUGUGCCUUUGUAGUAAUUUAAAUCCAAAUGUAUUCGGUGCAUCGGUGCACUUGGUGAUCAGGCUGUGUUUGUCAUAUAUCAUCUGAUGUUUGUUUAUUUUUUCACGUUUCCUGUAGGAUUGUACAAUUCGGUGCUGUGAUUUUGACACCGAACAGAGCUUUGUCCUACAUUCGCCCGAAAAGAGAACAGAGCAUAUCUCAUCUGAUACUGAAGUCCAUCUUGCGUUGACACCCAUUUUACCUGUUGUAUUUUUUGGUUUCCACAAACGGAUGAGUGUCACAGGUGUUUCCUGUUAUCAAUAUUGCAGUAUGAAUUUGGAGUCCCAUUCACCUAACGGUUGUUUAACAUUGUGAAUUAUUUUUGCAUGAAGUUGUUGGCACUAUUGAAGGAGGCAGUGCCCCUACAAAAAUAAAGACAGAUCUUAAGAAACCUAUUGUCAACCUUGCUUGUCACCCCCGCCUACCUGUUCUGGUAACAAUCGUGUUCUUUUAUUCCACACCAUCUCUAUCUUGGGAUUAUUAUGGCUAGCUAUUUCUUUAUACUCGUUUCAGUACGUUGCUUAUGCCGAUGGUUUGAUUCGAGCAUACAACAUCCACACAUAUGCUGUUCAUUACACACUACAGCGUAAGAUGCUGCUGACUUGAGUGCCAAGUAUCAAAUUAAACAUUUUUUUAGUGUUGUUUCUGUCUAAAUUGAAACUGCUUUAUCUUUUAUUGUCUUCUUUUCUUGGAAUAGUUGAUAAUACAAUCAAGCUCAUUGGUGCGGGUGCUUUUGCUUUUCAUCCAACAUUGGAGUGGGUUUUUGUUGGUGACAGAAGUGGUGCACUUUUGGCAUGGGAUGUUUCUACUGAAAGGCCAAACAUGAUUGGAAUGUAAGUAAAUAUUUCAGUAAAUGGACCGUUAUUACUUACUAUUUAAUCUAGUAUUGAAUGAUUUUCUGAAGUUCACAUGCAUCUUUGCCUCUUAAUUGUUUAAUACAAAUUAUUUGACCGUUAAUUAGUGAAUGCUUCAAAUUCAAUUGGCUGAAAAGCAUGCAAGUGAUUUUUUAUGUAACAGUUUUGAUGCAAGAAGUGGAGAGUUUGACUUAAGGCCAAUGAAUCUCAUUAUGUUCCAAUGGGAGCAAUCCCAGUAAUCUGUUUGUGAAGUUUUGACUUUUUUCCUUUCAUCUUUCAGAAAUUUUCUUAGUCUUACUUUGUAGGGAAUCAAGGUUGAGGAUGAGGUUUUCUUUACUUCAAAAGAAGGAUUUUUACCCUUUCAAAUAAAUUUAUGCCAUUCUGUCUUCUGAGUGGUUUGAUUCCUACUUUUUGUUGUGAUUUCAGAACUCAAGUUGGUUCCCACCCAAUAACAUCCAUCUCUUGGAUGCCAGUUCUUUCGUUUCUUGUCACUGUGUCAAGGGAUGGGGGACUUCAAGUUUGGAAAACUCGUGUUUUAACAAAUCCAAAUAAGCAACCAAUGUUGGCCAACUUCUUUGAGCGUGCAGGUUUGUUUUCUUCUACUUUAAGUCAUUAAAAUUCGUCCUUUGGUUUCUUUUUGUCAAAUACCAAGAAAUAAGAUGGUACUCGUGCUACUAAAAUAAAUAAACGAGCAUGGCGUAUUAUUUAUUUCGGACAUGUUAUAGUGUAUCUUUACUUAAGUUUUGUAUAUGAAUAGUUUGAUGUGCCAUUUUGUUGUUAUUUAAUGUGGUAAGCAAGAUAGUGAAAAGAGGCAAGGUAAAACAAAAGUGCUACAGGUCUCACACUCUUAGAAUAUGGCGGCUAUUAUCGCCACCAUAAUCCUAUAUUUGCUUUGAAUUAUAGAAAGGCACCCUUAUAUUUUCCCAGAGGUGAAGAUUGGCGUGGAUCGUUCUGGUAUUUUGAAACUUUAUCAUGUUGUUUGUCGGUUCCUUCCCAUUCAGUCAGAAUAGUCCUAUCCACUUUCUUAACUUUUCUGUUUCAAUACGUCACAUCAGUUUUGUUCUUGAACUGAUCCAAUUAAGGGAUCUUCAUCUCCAAACGUCCCCAAUCUCUUCCAUAUUGAUGUAAAAUGUAGAAAUUCUCAUCAUCCGCCUUCAGUAUACUCAGGCUCUUCGUUAUUUUCGUUUUGCAAACUGACAUAAGAAACAUAAAUUUGGCCGUCCGUUAUAGCUCGUACUCUUCAUAAAUUUAUUGAAAAUAGUUAAUGAAGGAGCCUGCCAGAGUAGUGUGCUCUGAAAUUCUGGGUUCUCCUUCAGUCUAGAAAGCUCUACUUAAACCUAAAUAUAUCAAAACUAUUUCUAUUUUUCUAAGUCUCUCAUUGCUCGCUCCUAAUGGUACUCAAAAUAACGUGUUUGUGCGACUCUAUUCCUCUGUGGACCAGUUAUGGGAUCUGUGAAUUAUCAGAGAUGUUUUAUUUGUUGACCUUAUAAAUGACAUGUUUUUGCUGAAUAACACAAACCAAGUAGCGUAUGAUACUUCAACCAUGUACAAACUCACAAAUCUUUUUUCUUAAGAUCCAACUUAUGCGGUUUAUUCUUGUUCUGUCUUCUGGGCCCAUUUUGUACUCGGGGUGUGUUCUUGGUAUUUGAGCAGUCAAGGAAGAUGUAUGAGAGAAUGAUGGGGAACAUGUGCCUGCAUCAGGGAAACGCUGUUUCUGGGUUUGUGCAGUUUCCUGCGGAAGGAUUUUGAUAGUUGGACCUACUUUGUGAUGUGGUGUCCUCCUCUGUGGGUUUUGAUUACGAAAUAAUUAGGUGCAGAAGGAGUGCAUCUAGAGAUAAAUGUGUGACAUUAUUAUUUUUUUAAGCCGUUAUGUUAGAUGGAGAAAUGGGUGACAUCAUCUCUGGGGGGAGUCCCUUGUGUCUUUUGAUUCUACAAUUCCUAUAAUUUAAAGUUCAAUGAGUUUAAGUAGGCUUGAAAUUUAAUUGAUUCAUUUAAAAACGUUAUUGACUUAGGUGGUUAUUCACACGUGCAUAUAGCUUUUUCCUAGUUCAAAAUAUCUAACUAUGUGGAGCAUUGUUGGGAUCGUGCACGAUUGAUGUCAAUAUGUUGUUUUGAGGUGAUCACUACACGGCUCUAAGUUCUGGUGCAGAACAGCUAAAUAGGUUGGGAUGCAGAAAUUUCGAUCUUGAUGCUGGAUCUGGAUGCCGUAAGGUUGCCUAUAAUUGCACCAAAAACGUUUCUCAGGUAGAAAGGAUAAGCUGAAGCCUGCAACAUUUUUUGAUCCGAUUGUCAAGGUCCAGAGGGCUACAGUCGAUUAUCACCCACAAAGUCACGAAGAAUAAUUGGAAGAGGCUGAUACGAUUCCGGAUUUCCUGCAAUAGAUGAAGCAGAAAAUCGACUCAACAAAGGCAUAGAAAUAGAAAGUUGAUAGAGAAUAAUAAACAGGGCUCCACCAGAACCCUAGCUGUUUGGUUACCAUUCGAGAACGCUGCUGCUCUCCCCCUGAACCUCAAAAGACUAGAAUCUCCUUUCCUUCUCUCAAGAACCUUGUCCCAAAUCCUCCUGGACAUUUGCUAAAAUCCCCCUUAGACCCAGGACUUUGACUCUUUUCCUCUCCUACCCUAAAUAUAUUGUGUUGUGGUCGUAUCAGAGGCUUGCCCUGGUAUAAGGUGUAUUUGGUAGUUCAUGGCUUUUAUAAACAAGGUCUGCAACUGGUAAAGAGGACUCCCAUAUAGGAUAUGGUUUGAUGCUAAAAAAUGUCAUUUCUGGAUAGCAGAUGAUAUUUUAAGGAGAGUGCCUUAGAAAAUGGUUAAAGGCAGUUGGGUCUGCAGUAAAACCCUCUCCAAAGAUUUUUUGCUCAGAUCCAAGUUGCACCUUUAGCAGAACAGGUUAUACAAUUAUAUAGGAGUGAUUCUAGAGAGAGUUUCUUCAGAAAGAGUAGCAGAAUGCGUCUAGAGAAUAAAUUUUGUGAAGGUAGAGCUGCAAGAUCAAUGCGAUGGAAAAUUAUUGUGGCUAAAAUUUAUUUCAAUUGAAUUGGCAUUAGUAGGAUGGAAGAUUGGGCAAUGUGCAUAGUGGAUAGCUGGUUACUUGGAGCUUUCCUAAGAAGAGACUCAAGUGUAGGAAGGUUGGCUGAAGCAUUACGAUUUUGACGGCUGUCUUAAGUAAUGAAUGGAUAUGAUGCACAAGCACAUGUCGUUUUUCUUCUUUUGUUUAAUCAGAUCCCUUGGAAAACUCGUAUGGAGGAUCUGAUUUUUGUGGUGGACUAUUGCACUGUCUAUAUUGAAAUUUAUUGUUUAUGUACAUCGGUUUAUGAACAUAUGUGGCGUUUCUGCAUUCUGUAUUCUACAUCUGUUUUUAUGUCUUGAUCAGAAAAUGGAUCAACUCUACGGCUUUUAACAUGCAUUUGAAUUUCAUUGUCUCUUUUAUUGUUUACCCGACGUGCCACUUGCUCUUACAUACGUUUUCACUUUCCUUUUGCAGCAGUUGAAUCGAUUGACAUUACAAAAAUUUUAUCUUUUGACGAUGGAGGAGCUAUUUACCCUUUACCUCGAAUCAAAAGCUUGGCUAUUCAUCCAAAGUUGAAUUUAGCGGCACUUUUGUUUGUGGUUAAGUGAAACUAAAUGCAGUAUAAUUUCUGUAGUUGCGUAAUAAAUUUUUGCUUUAAGUAACUUUUUAUCUUUCGUCUAUAAUAGGAUAUUGCUAGUGGAGACAAUUUGAAAAAUUGGGGUGGAUUCACUAGGGAGGGGAGGAAACAGCUCUUCUCAGUUCUUCAAAAUGCAAGAGGAUCCACAGGUGAGUUGGGAACUCUUUUUCCUAGGAUGCUGAUCCGUCAAUGCCCUAUCAUCAUUUUGCACUAACUAGAUGAACCCAAGGCUUUCAUGAAUGUCCCUGAUACAGAUGGCAACCACUGCCGCGGAGACUGAUAUAUCCUAAUUGUUUUUCUCCUUCAAAUGGAUCUUAGCUGCUUUUACAGCGUCAUUUCAGGGCAUUUUAACCUGGAUAAUUUUUAUUGAGAUGCAAGUGUACUCCCAUGGGGAUUAAGGAUUAUUGGUCUAAAAGUUAAUUCUCAGGAAAACUAAACGAGGACUGAAAUGAGAGUGUGGAUGAGAUGGGAUCGUUCUUGUUCUUGGUUCAUAGCUUCUGGUAGCGAGGAGAAAUGCUUUGAUGGUCAGAGCUCAUAAUAUGAUGAUUUUACUGAUCAGAGUUACGAAUUUUUAGUAAUUUGAAAAUAGAAAUAUUGAAUGGGUUUACGGAUUUUCGUCUUUAUGGCUUAUGGCCAACUUUAGUGGUUUUUCCUCAUUGUAAGUCUGAAUCUGUUUAAUGUACGUUAUAGUGCCCGUUUUGAUAUUGCUGCGAUGAAGUCGAACUGUCUUAUUUGUUUACUAUGCAUACAUAUAACCUGUGCUGUUACCUUUCAGCUGCGGUUCUGAAGGAGAAGCUUUCAUCUCUAGGCUCUUCAGGGAUAUUGGCUGACCAUCAACUUCAGACGCAGUUGCAAGAGCAUCUCUUAAAAGGGUAGGUUGGCAUCAGUCCCGGCUUAAAUUAAAAUUUGUAAACAGCAAUAUAUCAAUAUUUGAUGAACAGUUUAUUAUUCAAGACUCUUAAUUUUAAGAACUAUUUCACUAUUCAAGCACUAUUUUUAAAUAUUUUUUAUUUAUUUAUAGAAUUAUACAUGGAGUGAAUAUUUUCAAUCAGUGUCUUAUAUAUAAUGGAUAAGGGUUAUAGCUGAAGCUUUGGUUCCAUGUUGUAUUUUUUCUUACUUAAAUUCAAUUUGAUUUAUGUGAUCUUCUUAUCUCUGUGCUGGAGAUGUACCGCUGAGUAGGUGGUUAACAUGAGUUUAUUAGUCAAGGGCAAUCAUUUGUGCGAUAAAUGAUAAUAAGUGAUUAUCGAUUCCUAGGAAGGCCAUCUGCGUUGUUUUUCCUGGUUCACCACAUCUGUAGAAGUUACAUGAACAAAAUAAUUGAAAUCUCAAUCAUAAAUAUGAGAUUUCUGCACUCCUUGGUUUUUUGUUGACCUGGCUUGAUUGAAAUGUUUAUUUGCUGAUUGAAAUGCCAAUACAUAAUUUAGACCAAUAUCUGCAGUGUUUUCUAACGUAUCUUAUUUGAAACCGUCAUCUUUGCUACUCUUUAUCAUGUGUAAAGUCGUGCAAAUCUUUUGAGGGUUGCUAAAUGACGGUCCAGAAAUGAAAAAACUGCUUAAUGUGCUAUUCCAUGCAAUAUUUUGAUUGCGUGGCCUCUUUCUAUUAACACGAAUAAAUCAUAUAUUGUAGAAUCAACUGUUUCUUGUAAGAAUUAUCUAUUGCUGGCUAGGUUUUCCUAAGUAAAAGUAGGAAAACGAAACUAAAAUUAGAUGCAGUAUUGAAUCAGCUGCUUCUUUGUUAAAUUAUCUGGUCUUGGCCAAACUGUCCCAUGACGCCCUGAAUCCGAAUUCAGAAUUUGUUCCCGUUUUUUUCUUUUCUAGUGUUCCUAUCCCCUGAGCCUUUUGUUACUGGAGAUCAGAAAACAAAUAUUAAUUCGUAAUUUUUCUUUUUUUUUCUGGAAAACGUUAUUUGUUUCCAUAUUUUUAUUAUAUAUUGAUAUUUUACUUAUUUAUUCUUAAUUUUAUCAUUCAUUCCUGAAAUCAUUCUGAUUCUGCCCCAAUUUGGAUCAGAUCAGAUCCAACCAAUACUGGAAUCUGAUCCAUUUCGAUGACCCACAGCAUGAAGAGCUAUAUUUUUUGCUUCUGGGUGGUCUUUAUUUCGUAUAAACAGCACUGUAUGUGCAUUAGUCCCCAUGUUCAGGCAUUCCUGGCAAAUACUUUGCCGUUAGGGUCGAAUCGGAAAAUUAGAAGCAUACUGCGGCUGAAUGCCUCUGUUUCUGGGUUUGGGUUGAGAAACGAGUGCGUCUAACUGGUUCUAGUCAGUUAUAAUCUUUAUUGGCUGGUUCCGAUUGCCUCCAAUCCAGUUUAGCCGGUUCUUCGUGUCAAGUAACCAGAUGGCUAAGUUGACCUCUUCUAGUUGUGCUACAUGUCUGAAGACCACAAAUAACAUGAUUGUAAAAGACUUUUCCAACAUUCAUUAUUUAACAGCUGAUAAAAAUUGGGUGCCUCAAUUUUGUGGAAUAAGAACAGACGGUCAAGCUGAAGCUUCUAAUUAUCAAACUUGGACAAGGGCCAAAGAUAAUUCAGUGAUAAUAGCUUUUUUAAUAUCCUUUUCUGCGCCAAAUGCGGACCACGGAAUGUUCACAAAGAUAAGUCUGUAUCUAUAAUUGUCUCAUGCUUCUCCUUCGUAAUAACUGUAGUUUUUCACUUGCACAUAAAAAUUUCGGAACUGUAAAUGGUUGUAUAUUGUCAUUCCGGUGUGAAACCCUUUGCCUCUUUUUGUUUUCCUUAAUAUUCAUAUUAGUUCAGAAUUAUUGUUUAUUCUGAAUCUUCUGUUCUCCAGUGAUCAUGUUUUCUAUAGGUAUGGAUAAUGUUAUUUUUGUAGAUAACAGAACGGAAUGUGGAUUAAGGGAUCUUUGGUUGGUGAUGAUGAUUAUUCUUAUAUCUCUUAGUUUUCUCUCUUUUGCCUGUUAUUAUUAUUCCUGUAAAAUAUAUUUUAAAGGAAGAUUUGAUUAUUUUCUAUUAUUUUUCAUUUUUCAGACAAAGUCAGCUUACUAUAUCAGAUAUUGCAAGGAAAGCGUUUCUUCAUAGCGUAUGCUCCUCUCUUAACUAUGUUUUAUUUCGCCUGCAAUGAGAUUUUUCAAGUGGAUCUUGGGAAAUCAAAUUCUUAUUUUAAACAAGCAAAAUUUAAAAUGGAAGCCCUCAUCAAAAUAUUUAUUCCCCAGGAGUAAAAGAUGAUUUAGCAUGCAUUCAUGUGAUAGUUGCCCUGAUGAUAUGAACGAUGCCUGCUACGUAUGUUCAUCAUCCCGGAUGUCUAAAUAAAUAUCGGGUCAAGAUGAGGUAGAUUGACGCACUAUUGUUACAAGCCUGAAGUUCAUUUUUGUGUUUUCUUAGAAUCGUUAAUCUGACUGAAUGCAAUUUAGUGAACAGAGGGAUCAAGUGUAUCCAUACCACCCUUCACAUUGAGGUUUUAUCUCUCUGAGCUCCUCAUCACCUGUCUGAAGACAUGUAAUUGACAUUACUUGUUUUAUAUGUGAUUUUUCUGUCUCACACUGCUUACUUUGUUCUGGGAAGUAGUAUACAUCAUAAUGCAGACGAUUGAGGCUGCUAUAUCCAGUACGCAUCUAAUCUGCUGCUGUGCUUUUGUCAUUGGUAUUAUUGAGAAACUGAACGUAAUUUAUAUCCAAAGUCAAGUGAGAUGAGUCACAUGUACCUUAACCUCUCAUUGGCAACAUUUUUGUGCUGACAGAAAAGCUUACUGUUCGGGAUUCCUCAUGACUACAUGUUUAUAUGAUUGAUACAGAGAAUUUCUUCUGAUAGCAAAUUAACUACAGAGAGCAUUAUCUUCUUCUACUGAAUUGAUGCCUGAAAUGCCAUAUAAUCAGUAAUAGUAUACUCGGGUGAAUUCCCAACCAUAUUGGUAUUUCUCUGUACCACGUAUCAUGUGCUCUAACCCGUUAUAGCAGUUAUAAAUACAAUGGAAUUUAUACCUUUAAUCAGCUGUGAUUUUACUUGCAAUUUGUUCUUAUGCAUUCGACUGAAUUUUGUGUUUUCUUGAAUGUAUCUUGUCAUGUCUGUUCAUACUGUAGCAUUUCAUGGAAGGGCAUGCAAAGAACGCACCUAUAACUCGGCUGCCUCUCAUCACUAUCUCAGACAAUGAUCAUCAACUGAAGGAUAUCCCUGUUUGUCAGGUAUUCUAUGAACAUAUUCGUUUAUAUUAUUGAACUCUUGUGGAGGCUGCCCUUUAACGGCUGUCAGGUUUAUCUCUUCAGCCAUUUCACUUGGAGCUCAAUUUUUUUAACAAGGAGAACCGAGUUCUUCAUUACCCUGUCCGAGCAUUUUAUUUGGAUGGUGUGAACAUCAUGUCUUAUAACCUCUCAUCAGGCGUGGAUAAUUUAUACAAGAAACUUUACUCAUCGGUAGUUCUCUAACCCACUUUCAAAGUCUUUUAGCAAAAUUUCCCUAAUCUAUAUGAUUCAAUUCAAGGUUUUUUUUCAUUUUACUUAUUGCUACUUUUCAGAUUCCUGGAAAUAUCGAUUGCCACCCAAAAACUAUGCUGUACAGUUCAAAGCAGCACUUGUUUAUAAUAGUCUACCGAGUAUGUGGCAUCAGCAGCUCAUUCCAUGAAGCUAUUCUUUAUUGGGAACAGACUGACGCUCAGGCAAUUACGAAUAAAGGAAGUACAGUCAAAGGUGUGAACAUUUUAUCUCUGUGACAGUUGUAUUCUAGACCCUCAUACCCUUUUUCUUAUUCACCCUGUGCUCACUUAUUUCCCUUACUAUGUAGGAAGAGAUGCAGCAUUUGUGGGCCCCAAUGAGAAUCAAUAUGCAAUUCUCGAUGAGGAUAAGACUGGCCUAGCUUUAUAUCUUUUACCAUCUGCUUCUGUGGAAGAAUCUGCAGGGAAGAAUGGAGCACUAGAUGCUAAUUCGUUUUCUGAAGCUAAAGCUGGCAGCGGCCGUGGUCCUUUACAGUUUGUUUUUGAAUCAGAUAUUGACCGCAUCUUUUCUACACCGCUAGGUAGAGCAAACAGCAACCUUAUUCCUUGCUUUCAGGCCAUAUUUAGCCCAUUAAGCAGUCUGGAUGCUUAGUUUCGUUGGACUUUACUAAAUUCUAGUGGUCAUGUGGUUGCUUUUGUAGAGUCUACCAUUUUGUAUGCUAUUUCUGGGGAUUACAUUGGAAUGGCAAAUCUGCUUCAACCGUAUCAUUUGUCUAAUGAUGGUGGGCAAUAUAUACCUACAAAAACUGAAGGGAUAAAGUCAAUCAAGUUGAAAGCAAAAGAAACUGUCCUUCAGGUAAGUAGUUAUGUCGUGAAGUAGGCAGCAUAUUCUCAUUAUUCGUGUAUUAGCUUUGGAAAAAGUUGGAUUGAUCUUUGAUUGUUUAUGAGGUUAUCAUAAAUCUAUCUGUGGUUCACACUUUACAUAUCCAGACUGAUUGUUUGAACAAUGGUGCAAAUUGUUUUUCUUGAAUCGCAUUUGAUGUCAUCUUAAUGUUAUAAAACGUCAUUUAUUCAAAUCCUCUGGCGUUCUUUUACAGGUUCAGUGGCAGGAAACCCUUAGAGGUCAUGUUGCUGGGAUAUUGACCAGUCAGAGGGUGUUGAUUGCUUCAAAGGAUCUAGACAUACUUUCUAGCAGCUCUUCUCAACUUGACAAAGGAGUCCCUUCCAUAUCCUACCAUAUGUCCUUAACACAACGUUCAGUUUUUUUUAUAGAUUUUCCUAGUGAUCCCGUUGUUUACUUUCUUAACUUCUCUGCACUUCCGAUCAUUUUUGUGGGUUGGACCUGCUCUUCUAUUUUCAAGCGCAACUGCAGUAAGCAUGCUUGGAUGGGAUAGCAAAGUUCGAACGAUUCUCUCCAUUAGUAUGCCUUGUUCUGGUGUGUGCUUCUUUGAUCUUCCGAGCCACUUAUGACAACCAUUUUUUAUACCAGUUAAAAUAUCUUUCGGUUAACAUGGAUUUUGCUUGUUUGCUAUUUGUCUUGCCUUGCCCAAUACAGCAUUACUUGGUGCAUUGAACGAUAGACUAUUGUUCGUCAACCCAGUUGAUAUAAAUCCUAGACGAAAGAAAGGAGUCGAGAUCCGGAGUUGUCUUGUGGGCCUUCUUGAGCCUCUUCUCAUUGGAUUUGCGACCAUGCAACAACAGUUUGAGCAGAAAGUUGACCUACCUGAGAUAUUAUACCAGAUAACGUCAAGGUGUUAUCCUUCUCAGUUUGGUUCAUUCUUUUGUUUUUAUCCCCUUUAUGUUAUUCUGAAAAAGUUUAGAUAACCUGCUUUGGAAAACGGGUCUCUAUAAGCUUGAAAAACUUGUGCGUAGUUUAUCCCAUCAUAUUUCUUCUGAAUAACUUCCUUUUCUCAUUUCUUGAAUGAAGAUUUGAUAGCUUACGGAUCACUCCAAGAUCUCUUGAUAUUCUGGCCAAGGGCUCUCCUGUCUGUGGGGACCUAGCUGUCUCUUUAUCCCAGGCUGGUCCGCAGUUCACUCAGGUAUUUUUCAGGUUGUAUCUUAUGCAUCUUUCAGCAGAAUUUUUUUAAUAGACCUUUUGAUUUGUGUUGUGAACUUUCCUAGGUACUUCGGUGCAUUUAUGCAAUCAAGGCUCUCCGCUUUUCCACUGCUUUGUCCAUCUUGAAGGAUGAGUUCCUGCGUUCAAGGGAUUACCCCCAGUGCCCUCCAACUUCUCAUUUGUUUCACCGCUUUCGACAACUUGGCUAUGCAUCCAUCAAGUACGUUAAUCUAAUGCAAAAUCCUAUUUUCGAUCGAUUAUCCAGCAUACCCUGAACUUUUUUUUUACGGUACACUUCCUUGGGAAUAAUAACUCAUUAUGUAGUGGUUACAGGUAAUCAUCCUUUUGUAAGAAUUGCUUAUUAGAUCUCCUAACCUUAUGAUGCACAUUCUCUCCAUGAAAAUAAAAUAAAUGGAGUAAUGUGAAAUGAUAUGCAUAUGCUCUGCAAUGAUUGUGAUUAUAAGUUAAUGAAAGAGGGAGAGGCCUGUUCUUAAACACAUAAAAAUUUAUGGCAUUCAUUUCUCUGCUUUUUUAAUUGCCAUAUACUGGUGCCAUUCUGUUAGAUAGUGUUGUUAAAGUCCGAUCUUACUUGCAGUCCGUUACUGUCUUCAAACCUGCGUCCAGAGCCUCCUAGAAUUCUUCAGCCUCCCUUGUUUAUUUGGAGCUCUUUUGACGUGUAUAGUCACUGGUGAUUAGAACGAGAUGUUGGCCUCUUGUUGAUGGAGAGUGUCUUGCUUUCGAGUACCCAUCAGCUUCAUCUGGAGCUUCCCCGCUGACAGAGAAGCUGCUGGUUUGACCUCUGGAACUGGUUAUCCUUGAAUCUGGUCAGAUUAUCUGGGCCCACUGACUAUAGUUUGUGGGAUCCAUCCAUUCGCUUCAGGUCCCGAAAGGACCAACAAGAUCCGGGCUGUGGAUCUGGGUAAGUGGAUGUUUCACCCAAACCAUGGAAUAUGUUGAUGGGAGCUCGAUAAACCACCAUAUCAUUGACAGCAGACGUUCACUGCAACGAUGAAAUUUGUUUGAUGCCCACAACCUACAAUGACAUUUUCCAGAAUGAUCAACAGGCACCCAUUCAUCAGUAGUCUACAGAAAUUUACAUCUUCUCGCUCUUCCAUUUUACUCAUGUUCAGAUAUUGGUUUCUUCUGUCCACAUGACUUUCACCCUUUCUUUCAGAGCUUUGACUUGGGCUGCCGCUUGCAGGUAUGGCCAGUUUGACAGUGCAAAAGAAACCUUCGAAGUAAUCGCAGACAACGAGAGCAUGCUCGACUUGUUCAUAUGCCACUUAAACCCUAGCGCCAUGCGGCACCUUGCCCGGAAGCUGGAGGAUGCAGGCACCGACUCCGAGCUCCGGCGGCACUGCGAGAGGAUCCUGAGGGUCCGCUCCAGUGGGUGGACUCAGGGCAUCUUUGCCAAUUUCGCUGCGGAGAGCAUGGUCCCCAAAGGGCCAGAGUGGGGAGGAGGAAACUGGGAGAUCAAGACCCCCGUCAAUCUCAAGGACAUCCCCCAGUGGGAGCUCGCUGCAGAGGUCAUGCCCUACAUGAAGACCAGCGAGAACGCCAUCCCUUCAAUCAUCGUUGACCACAUUGGAAUUUACCUCGGUGUCGUCAAGGGCAGGGGCCAUGUCACAGAAGUCAGCGAGAAGAGCCUGGUCAAACCUUUCAUUGCGGGAGAGAAUGCAGAAAACGGGCUGCCCAGGCCGCCAUUAUCGUUACCCAACAAGACCAAAGUUCUGGCGGCCGGCGACUCAAAGGGCAGCUUCCCUGUGACAUCCCUGAGCAGCCAGCUGGCUGCCCCUUCAGGUGCAGUGGAUGAGCAGGCAAGAGCGGCGGAGGAGUUCAAGAAGUCCCUCUAUGGCACUGCCGAUGGCGGCAGCAGCGAUGAAGACGAGGCCGCUUCUAAGACCAAGAAGAUCCACAUCAGAAUCCGAGACAAACCCAUUGAGCCAACCGUCGUUGAUUUCAACAAGAUCAAGGAGGCCACCAAGCAGCUCAAGCUGGGCGACGGCAUGGCUCCACCCUCCAGGACCAGGUCUUUAUCUGGGCCAUCCCAGGACCUAUCGUCUCUGAUGCUACUGCCAGCCCCAGCCGCUACUUCAACCGCCACAGCUCCUGUUCCUGACCUCUUUGGUGGCAUCUCCAUGGAGCCUGCAUCGGCCGGUCCGGCGGUGGGGGGCCUCGGAGUGGUAGCAGGGCCGAUCCCAGAAGACUUCUUCGAGAACACCAUAUCGUCCGUCAAGCUUGGCGCCUCCCUGCCACCUCCCGGCAUAUUGAUGUCAAGGUCCGAGCAGAACCCGCAGGGACCGAGCAGAGGCAGAGCUGGUCCAAAGGAACCCAAUUAUGCCCCCAACCCGUCGGUUGAUAUCGGUCUCCCAGACGGUGGGGUUCCUCCGACAGCACAACAGCAACAACAACAACAACAACAACAACAACAACAACAACAGCAGCAGCCUUCUGCUUCCCUCGACUCCAUUGGACUGCCUGGUAGCGGUGUGCCACCACAGCCACCAGCCCAGAUAUCGCAGCCUCCACCAUUGACCGCCCAGCCACCAGUCUCUUCUCAGCCGGUUGAUCUAAGCACGCUGAUGGCUCCCGGGUCAGCUGCUGCCCGCCCUGCACCUGCUCCGAAGGCAGUCUUACCUGGCCAGGCAAGUACCCAUCAAUUCGCAUUGCCAUUUCUGGUGAAUUUUAUGCACCAUCAAGUUUAACUCAGAUAAUAAAUAUUAAUAUGAUUAUGAUUUAAUCACUCCAGGUUCCCCGUGGAGCUGCCGCUCCAGUCUGCUUCAAGACCGGGAUUGCCCAUCUCGAGCAGAACCAGCUGAGCGAUGCACUGUCAUGCUUUGACGAGGCCUUCCUGGCUCUGGCCAAGGACCAGUCCCGUGGCGCCGACAUCAGAGCUCAAGCCACAAUUUGCGCCCAAUACAAGAUCGCCGUCUCCCUUCUCCAGGUUCUCUUCUCCAUCAAAAGUAUAAAAAAAUAUAAAAAAAAAAGAUAAGAAGAAGAAGAAGAUCACCUUUUCACAUGCAUUCAUUAUCGAUGCUAUAUUAUUCAUAUAAUCCGAAUUUUCGUAAGCAUUAAAAGAAGAAGAUAACCUAUUCACAUGCAUCUACAAGCAUUCAUAAAAUCUAUGGUGGUGCAAUGAGCGCAGGAAAUCGGGCGGCUGCAGAAGGUCCAGGGCGCAGCGGCGGUCAGUGCCAAGGACGAGAUGGCCCGCCUGUCACGGCAUCUGGCGUCUCUCCCUCUGCAAGCAAAGCACCGCAUAAACUGCAUCAGAACAGCCAUCAAGCGGAACAUGGAGGUGCAGAAUUACGCCUAUGCCAAGCAGAUGCUGGAGCUGCUCCACUCAAAGGCGCCCCCGGAGAAGCAGGACGAGCUGAGGAGCCUCGUCGACAUGUGUGUGCAGAGGGGCUCCUCCAACAAGUCCAUUGACCCCGUGGAAGACCCUUCUCUCUUCUGCUUCGCCACACUCGGCCGCCUCCCCACCAUCGGCCAUGAUCACUGCGAUGUCUGUGGCGCCAGAUUCUCUGCUCUCAAUUCCCCCGGCUGCGUCGUCUGUGGCAUGGGAAGUAUCAAGAGGUCGGAUGCCGCCACCGCCGGCGGCCCCACCACCGCCAAUCCGUUUGGUUGA